CUUGAGCGGGAGGGGGGCUUCAUAGGGCCACUUCCUGCCCGCGCCACGUGACCCCACGCCAUAUAAGGGGCGGCGGCGCGGGCCGGGCGGCAGCAUGCGCGCAGCUGGCGGUGGCUGAGGCGCUGCAGCUAUGGUGAAGGAGGAGUGCAAGGCACUGCUGGAUGCGCUCAACAAGGUGGCCGCCUGCUACCGCCACAUGGUGCUGACCAUCGGGGGCACGGCGGACUCGCAGAACCUGCGGGAGGAGCUGAGGAAAACCCGGCAGAAAGCCCAGGAGCUGGCGGUGGCCAACAGGAACAAGCUGACCGGCGUGCUGAAGGACAGGACGGUGAGCAAGGAGGACAAGGCGGAGUUUGAGAGGCUAUGGGUCAUCUUCUCCACUUGCAUGGAGAUCCUGGAGGUCGACAUGCGGCGGGCCCUGGAGCUGGGCCACGAGUUCCCCCUCAACGUCCCCAAGAAGCACCUGAUCCAGACGGGGAUGAGCGGGGGCACGUCGGGGGUGGCCGCCCGCGCCAUGAGCGUCCAGAACAUGAAGUACGAGGCUGAGCACAACAUCGACGUGGUGGAUUUGAAAGACCUAGAAAAGGAGAUCAACCAGGUGGGGGAGAUGAUGUACGAGAUGGAGAUGAAGGUGAACGUCCCCCACUGGACAGUGGAAGCCAAGCAGGACCCUGGGGCUGAACUGAAAUCCACCGUGAGCAUGGGCGCCUCCUCCAUGGGCAUGAUCUCUGUGGAAGAGAACAAAUCCUUCUGCGAUAUCAGCAAGGUUUUGGCAGGCGUGAUUUUCUCUGCGGUGCUCAUCAUUGCUAUCGUCCUGGCAGUGUGUGUAGUAAAACUCUCCUAAGGUGGCCUCGCUGCUCGCUGGUGGGGGUUUUUUGUGUGUGGCACAGUUUGUUUCGGGAAGGUCUCCUCCUGGAAAAGCUGAGAACUGAAAUUGUGACUUUAACACACAUGCGCACCUGAAAAACCUUUUGGGUUGCAUAUUGAUAUUGCGUACCUAGGGUUUGUGCACUUCUUUUAGCUUUAAAGGGGGAUAAGGCUGUAGAUCAGUCUGCAGUAUAAGACUUGUUCUCUGGGCUGGUCAUGGUUAACAGGACAGAGCCCCAGGGUAUUAUCGGUACUGGCUAUAAGAGGGAUUUGUCUGCUAUUAAUAGAUGAUGAUUCCCAGUAGCCUGAAUUUCUUGUUCUUCAAUAGGUUCUGAUGUCUGUGGCUGGUCCCAUGUUUACAACAUCUGGGGAACAUCCCAGAAAUUGGGGAUUAGGGUGUAUGUAUAUAGGGCAGUAUUGAUGGAGUGAUUUUUUUUUUUCUUUUUUUUAUUUUUUUUUUUGCUUCCCUCCCAAAACGCACAGGUUUUCUGCCACAAAAAGAAAUGAGUAAAUCCUAGUAAGAAGAUGUAAACUAUCUAUUUUUUACCUUAAUCUUUAGUGGUUUAAGUCUAGGAGACUGUGCAAUGUUUGAUACCAAAUACUGUCUGUAGGUUGGCACUGCUCCUACAGAAUCCAGUUGCACUUCUUGGUCUAGCAUACAUUAAUAACCACUGUAGUAAUUCCAGAACUGCAGAAAAGGAUGGAGAGCAAUUUCUGCAGAGAGAGAUUAACAGACUUCAUCCUUCUCUCCUAAAUUCUUUUUUUUUCCUUGCAGGAAAGCUUCUUGCCACUUUCUCAAAUCUUUUUUUUGCACUAGCUAACAAAUAUAAAAUUCAGUAUUUCCCUGAAGUCAGACAGCAGGGGACUUUUUAUUUAUUUAUUUUUAUUAGAUUGCAGUAAACUAACAAAGUUAAACCUGACAUUCCAGUUUGCCUGCCUCAAAUCCUGUAGCACUAAUAGAGGUCUAAUCUCACGUGGAUGGGCAGGGAUUGUGCAGCUCUCAUUUGUGGUAAGAAGAUUUAUACAUGUAUAUACAGGACUAAAGGAAAAUGGAACAGCAGGGCUCAGUCCUCCAUUUCUUUCUUGCCUGACUUCAGGUCCCUCUGAAAAAAGUGGCCACUGCCCAGUUGACUCCAGAAUUGGUAAAAGUGAGUGGAUACCCCUGUAGGGUGGAGGUCGGGAGGUAAGGGUGGAAAAACAAAAUGUGAAAAUUGACUUUGACUUCUUUUUUCUUUUUAACUGCUUAUGCUUUCACUUCUGAGAGCGCACUUAAAAUCUUGGAAGAUAAUUCCUAUGUGAUCUUGCACCAAAAGCAUACAUCACUUUAUAUUUUAUAUUAAUUUUAUUUUAUGUAUGUAUGUAUUUGUAUUUUUAAAAAAUCAAAAACAGAAGGGAUUUGAAGGCAAACCCAUUCUGACCCAAGUGAAAAUCUUUGGGCAUGCCACGAAGUGCCACAGAUGUGCAUGGCACUUGACAGACAAGUCCUUGUGCUAUAAGGUUAACAAUGCAAAUGAUUUAUGGCUCCCUUGUAUUAAAGAUUAAAUGAUUAAAAAUUGCCAAGUGUAGACAGAUUGGUCAGAUCUGUGGAGAACAGUAAAAUAUUGUGAGGUAAAUAAUAAGAUCAGCUUGGCACCAUGCUUUUACAUUUUUGUGAAUCCUAUGAAUUAAAUGUAUUAUGAAAACUAUAAAUAACUUUGUCUGAAAAAUAAAACUUUUAUCUUUUUUUAAACUGAGGAUUACUAGAGAUUAAUUUGAAAAUGAGUUGAGUCAUGUAUGUCACAUAAUAGGGACAUGGAUGGAUUUGGCUCAAUGUUACCAUGCAUUUUGCACAUGGAUCCAGCUCAGACUCUUUUGGCGGGGAGGGUGAAAUUGCAGCUACACAGUUUGUUUGGGGGGGUUGUUUUUUUUGUUUGGUGUGUUUUUGUUUUUUAAUUUAAAGUAUUACAUUUCACCAACUCCAAAGGGAUGUUUCUGUUUUUGGUUAACUUUUGGGUACCCAAAAGUUAACCAAACUAUUGUCAAAUACAAAACAAGCUUCUGUUUAUGGUGCUAUUGCUUCAGUCUAUUUAGAUGCAGGCUUGCAGAAAUUGCUGUGCAUUUUAAUUAGGCUGGAGUUUUUCUUUACAAGGUUACAGGCUACCCCCACCUUUCUAGAAAACUUAACAAAAGCUGCAGGAAAAUCUAACUCUGGCUUUGGAUUGCUGCCACAAGUCAGUAGGGAUUCAAAGGUAUUGUUCACUGUUUGCACAUUCACAUCAUUCAGUUUACAAAGAACUUGAUGAAAUCUAGGUCCUCAUGUAUUCCUUGCACACCUCAUGGCUUUCUUUAGCUCAACUGAUUUUGGUGGACACUUUAAAUGUCCAAGGAUAACUAUCUGGUAGGUUAAAUAAGUGGUAAUACAUAACAAUUUAUGCUGUGAUAUCUUAAAGAUCUGAAUCAAGUAUGUAGUUUGUGUACAAAUGCUUUAACCCUAAACAAUUCCACAUAUUAACCUUAGGUUCAUUUCUGAAUGAGUCAUAAAUGUGUAGUAAACUGUGAUGCACCAUAUUCUCUUGCUUUGAGUAUACAGGAUCCAGUCAUUCACAUUUUCACAUGAGUAGUCCUUGUAAGUAGUCUCUCUUACUCUAGCCUAGUUGCUUGUGCAAAUAACUUGAGACACUAGACUAUAGUCUGAAGAGAUGGAAACUCCUUUGUCACAAUACAUACUGCAGAUAUACAUUUCACUGCUUUGCCUGUUUCUUAACAAUAUCGGGCUUGUCAGAUGGGCUUGCAUUUAAAGAAUGUGAGAUUAAAAGAUUUAACUCGAAGUCUAACAGGAUUGAUACCUUCUAACUAGCUGAUAUCCCCAGAAUUUAAUCUCAUCUGAAGUGAAAUGCAACAGUAUAAAGGAUGUGAUAUGGGCCAUGAGCAAGUGCACAGACCAAAUCUAAAUGAUUAAAAAAAAAAACACCCAUUCAGAAGACAUUUCCCCCUAAAACUUAUUAGAGUACAGUACUUUACCUUUUUGUAUAGCUUUUUCUGGACUAAAUAAUGGUUAAACACCACUGCUUGUGGCUAUACUUGAAGCCAUCAAGGGACAGAUCCUAAUCUCAGCACUACAUCUAAAUCUUUGCCUGUGCUCCUGCUCAAGUUGGUAGCAACCUCUAGCCCAGUGGUUCUCUUUCCCCCGCCGUGUGCUGCUGGGAGCAGAGUGCAGCAGUGGCUAUGGGGUGGGGGAGCUCCCAGCACGUCUUGCCAUUUGUGCGCAGCGCCACGGGCAUUGCCUCUGUGACCCUCAUUUGGGUCCUGACCUGAGGUUGGGACCUGCUGCUCUAGCUCCUUCCAUAUGGAUAUUAACCUCAAAAGAAAGUUUUGAACUUCAUUCUUGCUGCUACCAUAAACUUCUCUUUAUUAGUGUAGACUACCUUCUUGUAAAGAAGAACUUUUACAAAUAAAAAUAUUUAAUUAGGAGAAUGAUGUAGCUUCUUGGUGACCAAACUGAAAGACUUCAAAUAGAAAUUACAACUUAUUUAUCCACCUAAAACCUUUUACAAUAAAAAUAUGAUUUAAGCUAUUACAUUGGUUUUAUGUGGAACAAAUUUAGCCUGUUUUAAAUUGGAAGCCUGUUUGCUUUAGAGCCUUAGUAUUUCAGUCUAGGAAUGAAUGAACUUUGAAACUGGGAUUGGAAAGGGAAAUGGAGAAUAUUUUUGUAAAUAAAAAUAAUAAUUACAAAAUAAAGCUUUAAAAUACUUUACAUUAAUGGUGUGAGACAAAGAAGUAUUGACUGUGAUGCUGAUCAGGGUCUACAAGUGUUGCUGUGUGUUCAGUAAAGAAGAAGAUGCACUGUGAUUAAUUUAUAUCUUGGGUUCUAAUUUUAAAUACUUGUCUUAUCCAUAUUGCAUAUCCAUUUUGGUAUGAGUCUGUGAAACACUAAAAUCUCAUAUCUGAAUGAAGCAACUUUGUUCUGCUUGUGCAUGGAUGACAUUUUCUAUGUUUGGAGUAAAACUUGUUACUGUCACCAUUUAUAAUUCAAAAUAAAGUAUGUUCUUAUAACUAA